AUGGGAUGUACGCUGAGCGCAGAGGAGAGGGCGGCUCUGGACCGGAGCAAAGCCAUCGAGAAGAACCUGAAAGAGGACGGCCUCACCGCGGCCAAGGAUGUCAAGCUGCUGCUGCUCGGGGCCGGAGAGUCAGGGAAGAGCACCAUCGUCAAACAGAUGAAGAUCAUCCACGAGGACGGCUUCUCUGGUGACGACGUAAAGCAGUACAAGCCCGUCGUUUACAGCAACACCAUCCAGUCUCUGGCGGCCAUUGUGCGCGCCAUGGACACGCUGGGCCUGGACUACGGAGACAAAGAGCGCAAGGCUGAUGCAAAGAUGGUGUGUGACGUGGUCAGCCGCAUGGAGGACACAGAGCCUUUCUCCGCCGAGCUGCUGUCUGCAAUGAUGCGUCUGUGGUCCGACUCGGGUCUCCAGGAGUGCUUCAGCCGCGCCCGAGAGUACCAGCUCAAUGAUUCAGCGCAAUACUACUUGGACAGCCUAGAUCGGAUUGGUGCGACGGACUACCAGCCGACAGAGCAGGACAUCCUGAGGACCCGGGUGAAGACCACGGGCAUCGUGGAGACGCACUUCACCUUCAAAAACCUUCACUUCAGGCUGUUUGAUGUCGGAGGUCAGAGGUCGGAGAGGAAGAAGUGGAUCCACUGUUUCGAGGACGUGACGGCCAUCAUCUUCUGUGUGGCGCUGAGCGGGUAUGACCAGGUGCUGCACGAGGACGAGACCACGAACCGCAUGCACGAAUCUAUGAAGCUCUUUGACUCCAUUUGUAAUAACAAGUGGUUCAAGGACACCUCCAUCAUCCUCUUCCUCAACAAGAAGGACCUGUUUGAAAACAAGAUCACCAAGUCGCCACUGUCCAUCUGCUUCCCCGAAUACUCUGGUCCCAGCACGUACCAGGAUGGAAUCGACUACAUCAAGGCUCAAUACGACGGAAAGAACAAGUCCCCCAACAAGGAGGUGUACUCCCACGUGACCUGCGCCACCGACACCAACAACAUCCAGUUUGUCUUUGACGCAGUCACCGAUGUCAUCAUAGCCAAAAAUCUGAGGGGGUGUGGCCUAUACUGAUAAACUUGGUUGAUGUGGGCAUGUACCUGUACAUGUCACAUGUGGGACUAAAGAAUGCGGCACUGCCCUGCAGCAUCCAGGCUGCCCGCAAUGCCGCCGCAGCCUGAUCGGCUGAAGACUUAGUGAAUGCAGUUCGUUGUGUUUUCAAACCCCCAGCUCAGCUGACUGAAACAGCCUCUCAUCCUAAUCCUUUAAGUUUCUUACGGGAGCACACAACCAUCAUCAGCCCUCAUCUUCUUCACGUUCAUGUAUUCUCUUACGGCAGGGGUGUCUGUCUCUUGGUCUCGAGGGCCGGCCUCCUGCUGGUUUUCCAGAAACCCUGCUGUUGAUUACCUUGAUCAGGUGUGUUUAGCCAAUAAGGAGCUUCAGCGGCAGGUUAGUUGGAAAACAUGUAGGACGCCGACCCUGGAGGCCUGGUAUUGGAAAGCCUGGCUUAGGGCUUACGUGCUUGACAGUCUGUACUGUACCCGAUCUGAAAAAGCGCAGUUUGGCUGCUGUGAUCAGUCCAUUCAAAGACUAAACCUUUCACACCAAAGCUUUAGCUCCAGUGUUGAUGAUUUUUGAAAAAUCCCAACUCUUCAAACCGCAAUUAACAUAAUAUUUGUGGAUUCUGAAGCGGAGAAAAGCAGCUUUGCACCGUUACAUUUUACACAAAGUGUUGCAUAUCGGCACUAAGCCAAGAUCCAAAGCCGCUAUUCUCCACGCCAGAAUCCGUUGGAUAUACAUUGUCGUGUGUUGUUAAGGUGUCGCGGGCGACAUCUCUGGUGUUAAAAGUGGGCCCGAGCAGAAUUUAAAGGACUCUGGCACUAAAAGCACUCCUGCAAACAGCCGUAUGCCCUUCAAAAUAAACCAUAGUGCAAAAUAUAAGGUACGCAUUGAGCUUUAUACCACCUAAAUUUUUACAGCAAGCCCUCUCUCUGCUGGUGGUAAAGCAAUGACCGGAGUUCAAACUGCCACCUACUGUUCGUUGGAGAGAGUGGCGUCUGCAUUCCAGCUCUUUAUGAGUGCGAGCCAUGGAGUGUUUGCAGAAGCCAAGCGGCCUGGCUCGAGCACAGUUUGGUACAGAUUAUUGAUGUGAGCAUGGAAAUGUACUCUGGAUAGGUACUCUCAUAUGUCACACAUUGGAUUUUGAACUUUAAAAGCGAGACCUGAGGAGGGACAGUCGCAUUGAACUGGAGUUCUGAAGCAAGAAAAGCAGCUCUGUGACACUUUACAGUAACUUACCCAAUCCACGUAAAUCAGCUGAGAAUGCCAUGGAGAAUGUGCGCCAUUAUGCAGCACUUAAUGUCAGUAAAGUAUAUGAAACACUUUACUGAGAUUUUACUAAAGUGUUGCUGAUCUAUGCAAAGUGGCUUUUCUCUGCUUGAAAGUCAGCUGAUUCAUCAUCAAGAGCGUGUUUUUUAGGCGUCAUCAUCGAUGUUUAAGGGUUAUUAACGCAUAAGUUUGAAGUCUAAUGAAACCAAACAGCCAAAAAAAAUCCUCUUUAAUUGUUCCAGCAUGAGACAGAUUUUAUGUCUGUCUCUUGUCAAAACAUUAGUUUCUACUUUCAAAGCUGGAUCAAGGAAAAAUCACACGGAUGCCACCAGCAGAAUCUCCAAAACACAAACAAGUUUUCUUGAAGAGAGGUAGUGAGAGGGCGGACUCCUCGCUCGUUAUAGAAAUGGCGUCCAAACCAUUAGCCUCUCAUCCUCAUGCAGGAUUAGUCAGUAGUUUCACAUUUGGGACGUUUGGACAGUUCAGGUGUACCGUUAAACUCUAAGUUUGUGUGGCUUUUUUCUCUACAUGGCAUCCCCCACGUGUCAGUGAACGCACCACAGACAUGUGGAAUGUAGAGAUGAGCCAUCAAACCACCAAGCAACCCCCACGGCACACCCUUACAGCGCCACCUGCUGACUAGAAAAUGUAGAAAGGUUUAUUCUCUCCAAAUUAAGAAACCAACCUCAGCAGAUGUGAGAUUAAACUGCUCUGCUUUACUGAAAUCCCAUAUGUUUUUUUUAACUGUUUAUGACAGAAGCAUGACCAAUUAAAAUCACUAACAGUUGGAUCAUUCUAUUAAUUACACUUUGUUACUUAUUAAAAAA